AUGCGUCCACUCUCGCUCGUAAGCGGCCCCAGCGGUGAUGGAGCCAUACCUUCUGAUGCUCUGGAACCCAUCGCUAUCGUUGGCCUAGCCACCCGAUUUCCGCAACAAGCAACAACCACUGAGACUCUGUGGGAGCUCCUCCUGCAGGCCCGCUCGACGUGGUCAUCAAUCCCCAAGGAACGCUUCAACUCGGAUGCCUUCUAUCACCCAGACCCUGAACAUGGUGGAACGUUUCAUGUCCAAGGGGGUCACUAUCUCUCAGAAGAUCCUGCCUAUUUCGAUGGCUCCUUCUUCAACAUCACCAAGACCGAGCUCUUGACAUUGGACCCGCAGCAACGGCUUGUACUGGAAAAUGUGUACCACGCCUUGGAAAAUGCAGGAAUUCCCUUGACCAGUGCUGUUGGCUCCAACACAUCGGUCUUUGUCAGUGGAUUCAACCAUGACUACCUGGGUAUCCUCAAUUCAGACCCAGAAACCACGUUAAAAUACAAACCCACAGGUGUCACCAAUGCCAUUCUGUCCAACCGUGUCAGCUGGUUCUUUGACUUCAAGGGACCUAGUAUGACCAUUGACACGGCUUGCUCUAGCAGCUUGGUGGCCCUGCAUCUCGCUGUACAGAGUUUACGUGCCAAAGAGACGAGUAUGGCUGUCGUCAGUGGUGUGAGCAUUCUUGAAAACCCCGUGGAAACCAUCGGUAUGAGUCACCAUGGCUUGUUGGGACCUCAAGGGCGGUCUUUCAGCUUCGACUCCCGCGCCGAAGGAUACGCACGAGGCGAAGGUGUGGGCACAGUUGUAGUGAAGCCUUUGAGUGCCGCUAUCAGAGACGGAGAUACCGUUCGUGCGGUUAUUCGAGAGACUGGAAUCAACCAGGAUGGUCGCACACCGGGAAUUACGGUUCCUAGCGCAGAUGCGCAAGAAAGACUAAUCCGUGAGGUCUACUGGAGAGCCGGCCUGGACCUCGAACUCACCAGAUUCGUUGAAGCCCAUGGCACGGGAACAAGCACCGGUGACCCCAUCGAAGCGGGUGCUCUUGCGAGAGCAUUCAAAUGCCCCCGAGAGACCCCGCUUUACGUCGGGGCAAUCAAGUCUUCCAUUGGGCAUCUGGAAGGUGGCUCAGGUGUGGCAAGCAUCAUCAAAUCUAUCCUAACCCUCGAGUCUGGGAUCAUACCUGCAAACUUUGAUAUGAAGCAGACAAAUCCCUCCAUUCCCGCAGCAGACUUGGACGUUGCCUUCCCUACUGAGGCUCUUCCAUGGCCAUCAUCAGGACUGCGAAGAGUAUCAGUCAACUCAUUUGGAAUUGGCGGCACAAAUGCCCACUGCAUUCUUGAUGAUGCUUAUCAUUACCUCAAGGACCGCCAUCUAUCAUGUGCCCACCGCACCACAUCUACUGUUCCCACAAUUCAGAAAAUCAAGAGCCGGCUCUUAGCUCUGUCCCGAUCGGCAACAGAAUCGACUCCUCUCGCGACAGAUUCAUAUGAUGACACUGAUAACUCCGGGCACGGGACUAACUUUAUUGACACGCCCACUAGUGAUGGCUUUUGUGCAUCACCCACCUUCACAUCCUCGGCAUACGCCAGUUUGGUCGAGAAACCAAAGAUGUUCUUGCUUUCUGCUUUCGACGAAGAUGGAGUCAGGCGAAACGCAGCUGAAUUUGCCAAAUACCUGAACCGGAGAUUGACGCAGUCGGUUCUCCAUGAACAUCUCCUUGACGAUCUCUCCUUCACCCUGUCGAAGAAGCGAUCCCAGUUUCCCUGGAAGAGCUUUGUUAUGGCAUCCUCGGUCAAAGAACUCGCAUGGAACCUGUCGGAAUCAAAUUUCGCCAAGCCAACCAGAACUGCCAGAGUGCCAGAGGUUGAAUUUGUUUUCACUGGCCAGGGAGCUCAAUACCAGGCCAUGGGCCGAGAGCUCAUGGUCUACCCUGUUUUUCAGGAGUCUAUGGAGGAGGCAUCGGAUUAUAUCCGUCGGCUUGGUAGUCCUUGGUCGCUACUUGACGAACUUUUGACUGAAAGAGAGUCACCCCGAGUCAACCUACCCGAGAUUGCUCAUCCAUUAUGCACAGUCUUGCAGAUUGCGCUCGUGGAUCUCUUGGCCAGUUGGAAAAUCUUCCCAAAACAUGUAACGGGUCACUCAUCCGGCGAGAUAGCUGCCGCGUACUGUUCUGGCAAGCUGUCCCGCGAAGGCGCCUGGAAGGUUGCAUACUACCGUGGAUACGUAUCAUCCAAGCAGCUUUCCGCAAAUGGAGCAAUGAUGGCCGUAGGUCUCGGGGCAUCUCAACUACAGCCUUAUCUGGACUCCGUGAAGAAGAACAACGAGGGGGAGCUGAUCAUCGCCUGCCACAAUAGUCCCAAGAACAACACUGUGUCCGGGGACGACGCUAUGAUUGACUGCCUCAAGAACCUUCUCGAUGCAGAUGGCGUCUUUGCUCGAAAGUUGAACGUCAAAAAUGCUUAUCACUCGGCCCACAUGCAUGCGAUUGCCCAGGAUUACCUUCAUCUGAUGGGAACGCUUCCUCAUGGAAGGCGGCUGGCAGCUCCACACCAAGUGCAUAUGUUUUCCACUGUCACAGGACAACAAGUCAAAGAGGAACAUCUUCCAGCUCAAUACUGGGUGGAUAAUAUGGUUUCUCCUGUUCGCUUCACAAGCGGUUUGGUUGCAAUGACCUCACAACAGAUUUACAGGCAUAGCUCGACCGAUUCCACGGAUUCUUUGCGCUAUCUUGUGGAAAUAGGGCCUCACUCAACCCUGCAGAGUGCCAUAAAAGAGACAUUGGCCUCAAAUAGCCCCAAGUUGGAAUUCAAGUACCUGGCCGUUCUUAAACGGACAGAUCACAGCCUCAAUACUCUACUCACUACAGUUGGCUUCCUAGCUUCAAGUGGAUUUGAACUGGAUUUCCAUGCUGUGAACCAAGCUCCUCGCUCUAAAGCAAGAAGGAAGCCCAGACUUUUGGUGGACCUGCCACCAUACAGCUUCAAGCAUACCGAGAAGAUUCUAUUCGAGAGUCGGCUGAGCAGGAAUCUUCGGACUCGAAAGUUCCCUCGUCAUGACCUUUUUGGUGCACCAAUUACGGAUUGGAAUCCUACUGCUCCCAGAUGGAGACAUUUUGUCCGACUGAACGAGAAUCCCUGGCUAAGGGAUCAUAUGGUCACUGGAAACUACGUCUAUCCCGGCGUGGGUUAUCUUAUUAUGGCAAUUGAAGCAUCGAGGCAGUUGACCGGCGAAGCAAAGAUCACUGGUUUCCAGUUACGAAAAGUCAACAUUCGAAGAGCCUUGAUUGUACCCGAUACCAAAGAAGGAAUUGAAGUCUCAUUGGCAAUGGCAACUGUCGAAGACUCCUCGGCGUCAUCACGCACGUGGCGGCGGUUCCAGAUAACUUCCUACAAUGCAUCUAGCGAUGAGUGGACAGAGCACUGCACUGGUCACAUCACUGUCGACCACGAACCGACUUCUGACCCAGUGGAUAAUGACCGAGAAGCACAAGAAGAAAGCCGAGCCAGGGAAUCCGAAAUUUUCCUCGCAAAUGAGACAUGCACCAAAUCCAUGGCCUUUAAAUCCACAUACAAUAACCUCCAAACAUCCGGCCUCAACUUCGGUCCCUUGUUUCGAAACCUUGCAGACGUUCGCGCAAGUGGACGUGGGCUUGGUAAGGUUGUUGGAUCAGUGACAGUCCCUGACAUUGCACAGUCUAUGCCAAAACAGUAUCUCCAUUCCCAUCUCAUUCACCCUGCCACAAUGGAUAGCAUGAUCCACCUGAUGAUCGCGGCUGUUCUCGACUUUACCGGCAAGUCCACACUGGAUCAGAUCAGAUUGCCAACUUUUAUACGCGAUGUCUGGGUUUCAGCAUAUCUGAAUUCAGCCCCAACCCACAAGUUCACAGGACAUGCAACCGUGUCUAUGGCAGGAUCUGAUAAAUUCAAGGGCCAAAUUCACAUGCUGGAUGAGGGAACAAAUAUACACCGCGUCCGCAUGGACGGCAUUGAGCUCACACCACUAGAGUCUGGUCUUGCUGAAAACAGUGAGCGAAAACUGUGCAGCGCGAUUGAAUACAAGCCCGACGUGCAUUUCCUCGACUCGAAAUCCGCUUGUGCACUGACUUCGCUCAAUCCUACCGACGACAGCGAGGCUCUGUAUUGGGUGAAACGCCUUCAGCUUGCAACAAUGCUCUACGUUAUGGAUGCAUUGGACGAGCUCAAGGACAUUGAUGUUAUGAAACUCGAUUUGCACAUGCAAAGAUUCUUCGACUGGAUGCAGCAUAUGAAAGAGAUGCUUGAGCGCAAUGAAAUAAUACAUCUUCCCUACAGCGAAUUCCAGGAGAUUUCUCAAGACGAUACUUUUAAGGAAGCUAUUGGAAAGGAAAUUGAGGCCCACAGCGCCGAAGGUGCCAUCACAGCCCGAAUGGGCCGCCAUAUUGCCCAAGUGGUGCGUCAGGAGACUGAUCCGCUGGAUCUCAUGUUCGGACAGGACGCCGUGAUGGAACAGGUGUACAAGGAAGGCCUUCACUUGUAUAACCUGCCGCAGCAUCUACAAACCCACCUUUCUAUCCUCCGCCACCAGUACUCCGAGCUGAACAUCCUCGAGAUCGGCGGUGGCACCGGUAGCUUUACCGCUGAAGUCCUAGCCGUCCUUUCACCAGACCUUGAAAAGAGCAAAGGAAAUAUUGCCAGCUACACUUUCACUGACAUCUCAUCCGGCUUCUUCGAGAAAGCGAAACAACGUUUCCAAUCAUGGUCCGACAUCAUGACCUUCCAAUCUCUCAACAUAGAACGGAGCCCUAUCGAACAGGGUCUUCAGCUGGGGACAUAUGACCUGAUAUUUGCUGGCAAUGUCAUCCACGCCACUGCGAACCUACAUAAUGCAUUGCAAAAUCUGCGAUCUUUAUUGAAGCCAGGUGGUCAGCUCAUCAUGCAGGAAGGCAUCCGACAGGAUUUCCUCUGGUAUCCACUUGUUUUCGGCCAGCUUCCUGGGUGGUGGCUGGGCGAUGAGCCGUGUCGUCAGUGGUGUCCCUACAUCCCGGCCGAGGAAUGGAAUCCACUGCUGCUGAAAGCUGGAUUUUCGGGGAUUGAUAUCGAGUAUCCCAGUUCAAAUAAUCCAGAUUUAACAUGGCAGAGUAUUCUGGUUUCUUCCGCCGUGGAAACAUUCAAGGAGCAGUCAUCGAAUACUGCGGUUAUCGUGACACUCGGCACAUUGAAAGCCAGACAGGUCAUUGAGAACCUUCAAGCAUUUUUGCCGGAACUGGGGUACAACAGUAUUCUCGUUCGGGAGCCUGCAGAAGUCGAAAAUGCCAUCCUGCCGAACGCACUUUGCAUCUUAUUACUCGACCUGGAGUCUCCUUAUCUGUUCGAUAUGAGCGAAGUGGAAUACAGCAAACUCAAGAAGAUGCUCAGCGAAUGCCAGAACCUAUUUUGGGUUACCUGCAAUCCCCUCAUACAGCCGCAUGCAAGUAUGAGUCUUGGUCUCCUUCGAACAGUGAGGUGGGAGCGAGACGCUGAUGGCUCAAAUAUCGUCAUCCUGACAGAGGCGGAGCCAGAUACCGCUUCACCAGAGAGUAUUGCUACAGCUGUUGGAAAGAUUGUCAAGCGACAAUUUGUGGACAAGCCGGAGAACGAUCGUCACGCUGAGUACAUGUUGCAGAAUGGUGUCAUACACAUUGGCCGUUUGAACGAGUGGGAGGCUGCGGAUCAAUUCCUUGCUGCGCAGUCCUCUCAGCAAGUCCCCGAGCUUCAACGUCUCGGGGACUAUGAUACUCCCAUUGUGUUACAGGAGGCUGCUACCAGCACCGGGGAAUACCAGUGGGUCAUAGACACGCAGAAUGAAGAAGUACAUCAGGACACCGAAGUUGAGAUUGAGAUCCAAGCAAUUGGCCUCUCUUCAGAUGUUUCCACCAACCGCCUCGCGAAUGAGAUUGCUGGUGUUGUGAGCAAUGUCGGGUCGGGUGUCGAUGGCCCGGCCCCGGGUGACAGAGUCAUCUACAUAUCGGGCGACAAAAGGGGUGGGCGUAUCCGAACGCAUGAUCGAGCUGAUCAACGACAGCUUGUUAGAAUCCCCGAUGAGAUCUCGUUUGAAGUUGCAGCCAGUUUGGCUUGGGCAUAUGCGACAGCAAUCCAAGGACUCGGAGAGAUAGCUGAUCUAUCACCGGAAAAUACUAUCCUUAUCCAUACCAGUGGAACGGAUAUCAGUCAAGCGGCAAUUCAGUAUGCCCAGAUGAUUGGAGCUACAAUCUAUGCUACUGUGGCAACGGUCGAAGAACGUGAUCUGUUAAUCUCUGACUACGAUAUCUCUCAAGACUGUAUCUUCUCUAGGAGAGAUUCGAGCUUCGUCAAGGGUAUCAUGCGGCGGACGCAUAAUACCGGGGUUGACGUCGUAUUCAACGCACUGAGCGGAGAGGCACUCCGGGGCUCAAUGGCAUGUCUUGCUCCAUUUGGGACAUUUGUUGAUGUGUCAAACCCAGAUCUGCGAGCUGAUACCACAGUCGAGCUUGCAUCUUUGCCUCGUAAUGUGAGCGUCCACACUGUUGACAUUCCUUUGCUGGCUCAACAUCGACCAAAAUUGGUCCGUCAUCUACUCACCGAGGCACUGAGACUGUAUUCCGAAGGCAAGAUCGGUCAACUCCGAAAAACAACUGUGAUGGACUUUACCGAGAUCAAAGAAGGAAUUCGAGCUGUGCAGAGCGGAGAAGCAGCGAAGGUUGUGAUUGCACCUAAUCCAUCCAACAUCGUCCCUGUAGUCCCACGACCUAUCUGGCCAUGUCACUUUGACCCACGCGCCUCAUAUGUUCUUGCUGGUGGCUAUGGUGGCUUGGGCCGCAGUUUAGCACGAUGGAUGGCAUCUCGGGGUGCAACAAGUCUGAUUAUCCUAUCCCGCUCAUCAGCGUCGAGCCCAGAGAAGAUGGAAUUGAUAGCCGACCUCGACAGAAUGGGAUGCAAGGUCCAUUCGCUGGUUUGCGAUGUGGCGGAUGUCUCUAGUCUCCAACAACUGUCCGGAGAGACCUUCUCCAAACUACCUGCUAUCAAAGGAUGUAUCCAGGCGUCCAUGGUCUUAAGGGACGGCGCCUUCGCCGGAAUCUCCUUCAAAGACUGGCAAGCAGCCAUCAGACCCAAAGUCGAAGGAUCCUGGAAUCUGCACAAAGUCCUACCAGACAAUAUGGACUUCUUCAUUAUGCUCUCCUCAGUCGCAGGCAUCUUCGGCAAUCGCGGACAAUCAAACUACGCCGCAGGCAAUACCUUCCAAGACGCCCUCGCCGCCUACCGUGUUGCCAAGGGCAUGCGUGCAGCCAGCAUCAACCUAGGCAGUGUAUCUAACGUCGGAUGGGUAGCCGAGAACCGAAGCUCGAUGCGCACGCACACAGCAACGCUAUUCGAGCUUCUCCGCGAAGAAGAAGUCCACACAACGGUUGACUUCCUAAUCCGAGACCUGCAAGACAGCGGUAACAUAUCGGCACAUUCUCAGCUCGUCCUCGGUCUGCCAACUGCGGAGAUGUGUCGCCAGAACGGCGUGCCGCUGCCUACGUACCUGAAUUACUCGAUGUUUACGCACUUCCAUAGUACGGCGACUGCGAAGAGCAGUGAGGUUUCUCAGCAGAAGACUGUCAGUACUGCUGCGCUUUUGUCGGCGGCUUCGGGUUUCGAGAGUGCGGUGUUGGUUGUGUCGGAUGGCAUUGUUGAGAGACUCGCUUCUCUGCUUGCUGUUCCCUGUUCGGAACUCGAUGCUCAGCGCUUUGGAUUUGGGGGUAUUGAUUCCCUUGUUGCUAUGGAGUUCCGCGCGUGGAUUGUCAAGGAGCUUAAGGCUGAGGUUUCUUUGCUUGAUAUCAUGGGAGCGGAGAAUAUUAGGGCUUUGAGUGAGAAGGUUGUUGGCAGGAGUCGUUUGAUUGAAGGGCCUCGUUCUUGA